AUGGCGGGCUCACAACUCACCCGAGUACUCAUCGACGAUGGGAGCGGCCUCAAUCUGCUUUUCAUGAGUACUCUCAAGAAGAUGGGACUGGAUAUCUCCAAGAUGCUCACUCCCAGCAAAGCUCCUUUCUACAACAUCGUCCAGGGUAAUGCGGCUACACCACUCGGGUCAGUGGUCCUGCCAGGCACCUUCGGGACAAAAGACAGCUACUGCACCGAGUACAUCAAGUUCGAGGUGGCAGAUUUUGACUCGUCAUACCAUGCCAUCCUUGGCAGACCAGCAUUCACCAAAUUCAAGGCCGUGCCCCACUACAUCUACCUACUACUCAAGAUUCCAGGCAAGAUAGGCGUACUCACACUCCGUGGCCACCUGAAGAAGUUGUACGACUGCGACCAGGAGGCGAUUGAGUACGUCACGACUUCACGCGUGCCAGAGCCGUCUGCAGAAGUACUCACGGCCGCGCUAAAGCUGACCAACAUGGAGAUGGAGAUCUCAAACCAGUGGCUAAGCCAGUCGAGGGUUAAACCUAACCCCAGCGAUGUUGGCAUCAAGACUAUCUAG